GAAGAAGACGGAGGAGGAGGAGGAGACGAAGGAGGAGGAGGAGAAGAAGAGGAGCCUCUCCCAUGUCUCCCUCUCCCGCUUUCGCUUCCCACGUGAUGGAUGACCUUUGCUGUCCAUCUCCUUCGCCCAAGAAGAGCUAGCUCUCUCUCUCUCUCUCUUCCUCUCUUUCGCGGGCGAUUCGCCUGCGUCCUUAGCUGAGGAACCAUGGCGGGUUCAUUCGGAGGAUUCUCCAUCCGGGAGUACGCCUUGAAGAUGAGGAGCGAGGACAUCGCGAAAUGCUGGCCGUUCGGUGGCGGCGGCGGCGACGGCGCGAUCGCUCGGGAAGCUGCGGAGUCGCUCCUCCCUCCCAUGCCCGUCGCCAAGUUCCGCUGGUGGUCGCGCGAGCUCGAGAUCGCCAGAUCAACCCAUGAGGACCCCGACGUGCCGCCCCCGCGAGGCGCGCGCGGCUUCGUCUCCAGGGGGUCGUCCGGCUUCGAGGAGCCACGGGGGAGCUCGGGGGAGCCGCCGAGAUCGGAGAUCAUCACUUUCGAUUGUCCGGUCUGUGGCGUCCAGACGGCGGCUACGGUGAAUGCCGUGAACGAGCACGUCGACGGUUGUCUCGCCAGGCAGGAGGAGAAGCGGCAGACGAAGGCGAAGGCCAAGCCGAGAGCGCCGAAGAAGCGCUCCAUCGUCGAGAUCUUCGCCAUGUCGCCGCAGGUCCAGAGGGUUGGCGGCGGCGAGGACUCGACCGUUGUUGAAGAGGAGGAGGAGGAGGAGGAGGAGGAGGAGGAGGAAGAAGAAGAAGAACGGCGAGAAGACAGGUCUCGUCGUAGAGCGACGGAUGCUGUGAAUUUGAGGAAGAAGAAGUUGAAGAAGAAGAAGAAGAAGAAGAAAAACACUGUGUGGGCUCGCGUGUCAGCCGUGGGGAAGAUUCAUAAGAAGAAGAACAAGAAUAAGAAGAAGAAGAAGUUGAAGAAGAUUAGUGGGAAUGGGUCAAUUAAGAAGGAGAGUAGUCCAAAGCUCAGGCGGAAAAUUGCAUCCCAUUUGAGCAGAAAUUUAAAUUGUUUAUGCAUCGAGAAGAAUAAAAGUGACAUACUAGAUGCUGCAAGCGUAAAUAAGGAAAAGCCCAGUCUGAAGUCCUUAUCUUCAUCAAAGAAGCAUAAAGCUAUGGAACCAUGUAAGUCUAUUGCCAAGCGCCUGAAACCAGAAUAUCCUGUUCGCGGAAUUCUCAAAAAACGCGCAAGAUCUUAUUCUGGGCAAGAUUCUACAGUCUGUAACAGACAGAGCAGUGCCCAUGUAAAUUCUCAGACCGGACUAGUUGAAAAGCAUGUAAGGUUCUUGAUUAAGGAUGAUAAGUCAGGGAACCAAGCAAAAUCAAAUCCUCAGGCCAGUCUUCAACAACCCCGCAGGCAUCCAGGUUACACAGAUGAGGACCAUGGUCAGUUGAUUGGAAGAGGAGGAGAUCUGGUCCAAGUAAUUGGAGCUGGGGACAACCUCUCUGAUAGUGGGAAAGACGGAUUUGAGGAUCAAGCCAUUACUAAAAAAGGACAAUUGCCAGAUACCUGUCAUCAUGCUGAUAUAAGAAAUCAUGUGAGUCCUCAAGCUAGUUGUCAGGAUAUUGUGAAUCUUUCAGAUGAAUCCAAUUCACCAAGUCAAAUUACAAGGGUUUCCCAUGAGCAUUUCAAAAUGUAUGGUCCAAUGAAGUUAGCUGUGCACGACAGCCCCCAAAAUGUGGACUACUCUACAUUCCGAGAGGCAGUGAAUGGAAGGGCUGCGUCAUGCUCAAAUGUUAGUGUAGCCAGUAGUGCUUUUAGGCCUGAAAAUUCUGGUACAGAGUUGAUGAAACGCUUUGUUGGUCCCAACCAUGAUUUUUGUGGAAAGAAACCAAUGGCAAUUGCAGCUACAAGAUCGUCUUCAUCUUGUUUUGCGAUCAACAGAAGUUUGAGUGGGAGGCUUUCCAUGUCAUCAGUGUCUUCAGUGGAAGAUGCAGCUGACUAUGCUGUACUUAAACAACCAUUAUGUUCUCUUCCUCCGAGGAAUUUGAGUGGUAACUUGUCUCACAAGCCUGAGUGGAGCGAAAGAAUAAUUUCCUUAACAGGAAAAUCUAUGGAUGAGGAUUUUCUGGGCUUACCUCUCAAUUCACAUGGUGAGCUGAUUCAGCUGAACUCAAGUGGUCCUAUGCCUACCCAGGUAAAGAAGUGGGACGUGGUACCGGGUUCCUCAAAUUUCUUGCCUAAUGAGAGUCUGCUUCAAUCAAGAAAUACUGGAGACAGGUCAAGAUUGGAAGAGCAUCGUAUUAUAGAAAGAGCACGCGAAAAAGAUCAGCUGGACUUGUUUCCCAUGAAGAAUUUUUCUGUAGAGAACUCGGGGUUGCUCUUGCUGUCCAACCAAGGUGGCAUGGAAUCUCAAGACACAACAAGCAGAGCUGAUGUCUUCUGGCAAAAUUCUGAAAGGCAUAGCAGUUCGGCUUACCUGCUUGAUGCUGACAUAAACCAGACAAACAUCCCUGUCAAUGCUUGCAGACAGUAUGACCUAUUUGAGAACCCAAAAGGAAAGGGAGUGAUUUUCUUUAAGGAAAAUGCGGAUCAUGUGUCGCCAACUACUACCCCAGUGACGAUGCGGCUGAUGGGAAAAGAUGUUGCUGUUGGUAGAAGCAGCAGGGAGACACAUGGAUCUGAGGAUGGGAAAAUUUGGACUGAUAAACAAAUCAUAAUAGAGCAUCAUCCUUCAAGUAGUGUGAAAAACAGUUUCUCGGAGAAUAAUCCUCUCUUGCAUGACUGGUCUGCAUAUUCAGCUCAGAGAAAACCAAAAGGAACUCUACACCCCGCAUUUGAAAGUCAAAACGCAUUUCAUCUCAGAUUGCCCCAAAAAGCUCCUGAAUCCUUAGUUUCCAAUCCCUGCAUUGGCUGGCAAAGUGAUGUAUUACUUCCAGAUGGCAAAGUUUCAGCACAACGAAAUCCCAAGUUUGAACACCGACCAUCUAAUCACCAUCCUCAUUCUCCUUUGUUUUUUCAGUUGACUAACCUUCCUGAGCCCUUUAUGGUUGGAGCUGAAACAUUAAGAGCAGACUCUCAACUAGCUUCACGAUCCGUUUCUCAUCAGAGCUGUCAACAGAUGAAUAGGGGUCCAGAGCUCAAGAACCAGCAGAAUCUACCUCAUCCUAAAACAUCAGCUCCGACUUUUCCUUUUAUAAGUCCAGAUUUUAGAGAACAUAAGCAAAUGGCACAGCAGUGGCAGUUACCAAGCUCCCAUAAGGAACUACCUCCUUGGUUUACUUUCAGUCGUCCAGCCCCAGAUUCUAGAGAGCGUACACCGUCACAAUUGAAGAGCUUCUCUAAGGAUCUAUCCCUGUGGAGACCAAUACCAAAUGCAUCAGAGUGGGGAAGUGCCCCAAGUCCUCAGUAUCAACCAUUUUGUGACAGAGGCAGCAUUCAUCAUUCCUAUGGUACACCUGCAAACAACUUCUUCUCCACUCCACAUGUGCAUUAUCCACCAGUUACUUCUUUUCCCUACAAUACCCUGGCUUCACAAGUGAACAAUCCUCUGGUUGCGUCAUCUAUAGCUUGCCCACGCCCACCAUUUGUGCCUGUGCUCCCACGGAGUAAGCCGACUUCUGCUGUUAGCAUGAGCUAUAGAAACAGAACUGAUUUAGGAGAUGGCACAAGGUCAAAGUCUUCCGGUGUUAAAAUUCCCGCUUUUUGUAAGAAAACCAAGAAGAGGCCUGCCGUCAGAGCGGACGAUCUCCAGAAGCAUGAUAAGCCAAACUUAAAACUGCAAAGGCAUGGAGUGGAACUGCCAAUAUUGAGAGUGAAUCCAUCACCCGAGCUUGACUCAAACGGGGAAAGAGCAAGCAGCACAGUAUGUCUUCAGGAUGGGACUCAGAAGGAUGGGUUAAUAAGUUUGCCUGGUGGUCAGUCAUUUAAACUGUCUGAAGCUGCCAAACCAGGUCCGACAAAACUGAGCGCUGGAGCAAAGCACAUUUUGAAACCGAGUAUGAAUAUGGACUGUGAUAACUCCGUGCCCAUUCAUUCAACGAUCCCUUUUGCUGGAGUCACUAGGGUUCCGGAAUCUCAAGUGAAGUCGGCAAAGAUAUAUGAGUUUUAGUGGACGAGGUUCUACUCCAACAGAAUAUGAAGGCCGUGCUUCAUAAUUGCUGAUUCUCCUAUUCCAGGCAAUUGCUGUUUGAGUGAUUGAGGAAGAACGGCUGCUAUUGCCCUUCAAUGAGUGACUUCAUAGAUGUGUAAUAUCGCUUCUCCCUAGUUUUCAGGUGAUUUUUGGCAAGCAUUUUGGGGCGGUGAAAGCCAAUUCGAGAGGCUGGUUAAUUAUUCCUUUAGUUUCUCUAAUGUAAUUGUAGCAUGUGUUUUUGGUGCCGCGUUAAUUUAGUUCUGCAAACUCUUGAUUUCUGUGUCAGUAAUUUUUGGAUUGUUUUCUCGGGUGCUUGAAUUCUGGAAGAACUCGUGUUUGCCACCAGAGUUAAGAUGAAGUAAGAACCUUGUAUUUACGGUUGCUUUAGAGCUCAUAGGCUUUGCUGGGUUUUAUC